CAUCCAAAGGCAGUGUCGAUAUUCGAAACCAGUAGUAUCGAAACCAUGGAGGAUACAGACGUAGUAGAGCUGAAUGUUUGUUUGAGAAUGUUCUUAAGAAAGUAUUCACUGGACGAAAUCUUAAAGUUGUGCACUGUGUGCUCAUCUAAUCGGUCACUUGACAUCAUGGACCCGGUAUUAUUACAGGAACUGGCAACACAUGUGGGUCUUGAUACAAAUCGGCUGAGGGAUAUGUACAUCGACACCAUGAACGAUGCGCCGGCCUUGCUCGAUUUGAAUUCACCAACGGAUUCACGCAGUAUUGUCGUGAUUACAUCUCCUGUGACAAGUUGCACUGAGGGCUGUGUGUAUCAGAGAGGUCACAAAACAGGACUUCCAUUGGAACUCGAGCAUCAUAACAAGCCAGCAUGGGGUAAGCUGCAUGAUAUUAAUGGGAUAAGCCGCUCCUUUGUUCGCCUGUCGCGUAGAUGCCCAGUAUGCCGUAGUAUAUAUAAGUACGACAUGUUUCAAUCCAAAAAAGAUGGCCAAUACAGAUUUUACGAACAAGAGAGACCGUACGUGCGCGUUACCCACACAACUUACUGGACACGAACGCUAUGCAAAUUUUUAGUAGAAAACGUGCUGCAUUGCAAAGCGUCUUUCAACGGGUUCUGCGAAACUUCUCUUGAAACCUACGGAAAAGCUGCAGGCUCCAUCGUCGACCGGAGUUUGUGCGCAAGAGACAUGCGUUACACCGGAAGUCGCAUUCUGCCGGGUCGGAGAGGAAGAUACUGCUGACAGGGGGCAGCAGCGGUCGGGUGCAUUCGCAGAAGAUCCCAAUAUCACGUCCCCGAUAGUAGCACCGGCUCCAUCUGAGUGUACGGCAAGUUACGGGACUUACGGCCGCCAGACACCGGAUCAUUUAUCCGAGCUGCUGCGGAAAGCGGGGUUGAUAUUGUAGCGUUAAUGUUGU